GGUCGCUUACGUCGUGGUUGUCAACCAGAAGCUGGCGGAGCGGGACGCUGGGAGGCCGCAGAAGAAGAAGAAGGCUGGCAAGAAGGACCAUCCGUGCCAUGAUAAAAAGAGGGGGGGGGGCGGAGCACCAGGACGAAAAACAAAGGUGCACGGCAACAGAUGUCUUGGGACCUUUGGUUGGAGCACUUUGUCAGCUGCAGGUAGUCGGUUGGUGGUGCUUGAGGCUCUUAUGCAAGCCACGCCACGGCCUGAAAUUUUAAGCAGUCCCGUUUUUGCAUCUCCGUGUUGUGCCCUUCUCGCCACGAAGUGUCCGCAACCUUGGAUUGACAAUAGCCUGCCAUUCUUGUCUGUUAGCAUUCUUCGGUGACUAUCGUGCAUUAUCUCAUUCACUCUACUCCACAUGCUCGUUCGUUCUCUCUGCUACUCUCUGUUUCAUUUUCCGGUCCCGCCGCAGCGGCCACAUACUUACUUGCCCGUCUGGUUCGCGAACAAAUGCGCUUCGCCGCCUCCAGUGACGUAUAGUUGCCAUCUAGUCUCCAUCUGGCCAGUUGGAUUCGGACUUUAGUGACAUGUCGGCUCAUUGAGCAUAAGUGGGCGAAGACAGGCUGCCAUGAGCCCCGA